AUGAAAACGUUCGAGGCGAAAAUGAGCAAAGAGGUACGUCUGAGCUACAAUGCGAUCGAUCGUCUGGCUAACGGAAACAAUGGAAACAAUGAGAACAUCCGAGCAAACUAUAAAUGGAGUGAGACGAUCCAGCCAAACAUGUCGUUCGAGAUCGGAGUCUGGAAAUCGGUUCCCGUGGAGACGUCCGAAAAGAAAAAGCGGCGAAGGAAGAAGCAAGAAGAGGAAGAAAAGGUCAGUGAUUAUAGGGGUUGUGACAUCUUUUUUGGUUUGCAAUAUCCAUUAACUAGGGUGGCCAGGCCGAGUUUAAUUUUUUGCACAGUCUGAAGUGUGAUAACCUCUUUCCUUUGCCUUUAAGGCACUGCAUCUGAAAAACAUGAAAGGCCGCCCCAGUUUUUUGAGGGCCUACUUCUGACCCACUUGUAAUAUUUCAAUCGGACCCGGAAAAAUCGAAAACAGUUCCAACAAUGUUGAACUCGGUCAGGCCGGUUCAAUUUUUGACAAGUCUCAUCUAAAUAGAUUUCUUUUCAGAUCGAUUUGGAGAGCAUCGACUACGAGUCUCACUUGACUCCAAAAAUUGAAAACAUGAAGAAACCUCUCCAAACUCCUCCGAAGAAACCGAAUACCUACGUGAACACUUAUCAACAGGAGAAGCCGCCAUGCUUCUGCUACCUUUGCCUCAUCCGUCUAAACCUCUCCACUUCUUUUCCGAGACGUUUCUUGAGAGUCGCCCACAAAGUACGGAUGGUUCGGUUGAUCAUCAUUUCCAACGCGACCGAACGUCUCUUCAUCAAAAUGGUAGUGCAAAUCGAAAAGUAAACAGACUAUCAGGUUGCAAUGUUGUGUUGCAGAUCAAGGCAAUGAUUGCUAACGGAGUGCCAAGACCGCCGGGUGUCUCCUACACGAAAGUCGACUACAGAGUCGUUCUGGAGUUCUUCGAAGCUCACUGUAAACCAGAAAUAAUCGACCUUGGAGUGAUGCUCAAUGAUCAACUGGCGGAGAUCAAAAGAAACAACAACAUGGCGGGAAUGAAGCGUCUUCAUGAGGUGUUCAAAGCACUCGUAUUUGCCAGUUGUGCAAAGGUUAUCAACAGAACUAUGGCGUUUUGUUAUCAAUAACAAUUAUACAGGUGUUGUUCAAGAUUCUGCUGGUGCAUGUGCCGAACGAUACUCUUCACAAGAAAUCGUUCCUUUUCGUCAGAGAUAUUAUGAGUUAGUAAACAAAGGAUAAAUGUAAAACAUUUUGAUUUUCUUCAGGAAUGGAUCCACUUCGCUUCUUGCAAAUGGACCAGACUGCGCCGGCUAACUUGGACAAGAAUUUCCUGAGACUUUACUGA